AUGAAAUUGUCACCCCUUCUAAUGCACCUGGCGCAGGCGUAUAGAUUCGAUUAUGCGGCUUCAUUUCAUAACUUCUUCGUGGACAAUAUUUAUCCAGAUAUUGCCAGGAAAAAUUCGCUUCCGCCUGGUGUGUUCUUGGAGAUAACUGAAACUGAGCGGCUGAUCUUUUAUCAAUGCUCCCUGUAUAAAAAAGGAAGAUUAUUGCUUUCCUCAAGGCCCUGUUAUCGUCUCGAAGAGCGUGUAUUUAGAGUCUGUUCAAGGUUUUUCUUACGUGAACAAUGGCAGCAGGCGAACUUUUGCUUGGAGCCUCUUAAUUACGAGAUUCUGGAGUUGGAGUUGGCGAAUGAAACCGUGUACGGAAUGGUGCCCGCUAGAGAAUUCGGUCAAAUUGAAAGCGAGAACGAUUUCGGCUUUGGCACGAUGAGACGCGGGUACUUCUUUCUUAGACCAAGCGAGAAUGUAAGCCGUAAUCUAGCUACAUCUGCGUCACAUCCGCUUUUCGACGGCAAAGUGGGUCAUAUAAUGGCAUCUCUGUUUGACCACGGAACGCGAACGUUUUCAGUGACUGGUACGCAUCGCUGUUUCAGCGAAGAGUUUAGCAACUGCAGUGGCAAAACCUCCGUCUGUGGGCAAUCAGAGCCCUUUAGAAUGUCAGACGCUUCUCAUGUAGCGGAGUCAUUCUUUCAGUACUACAACGAAGAGGUGCACGAGAUGUGGCGAGAUACGAAAACGAGAGUUUUCGACGGGGAGCACGAUUUCAUUCAUCUUCAACAGCAUGGAAUGGCGCGCAGAGACGGCUCGGACGGCUUCAUUAGCAACGCUGUUGUCAACGGCGCGAGCAGUGGCUACCUUCCGAAAUUCGAGGGCGGAAGCGCAAAUAAGAUGGCCGAAUUCAUGACAGAAAAAGUCAUCCAGCACGGCAAAGAGAAUGGAUUCAAUCCUGCUUAUAGCUAUCUCAUUCGCAGCUGCAACAGCGAACAAGACAAGGAUUUUGCUGCUCUUUGCGCAGGAACGAAUACUUUGGGCAGAUUCAUAAACAGGGAUAGAGACCAGACCGACUUUGACACCGCCCAUGCUUUGAGCUGCCAAAGAUAUGGCGACGAAGAAAUUAUCAAAAGCAAAAACCAGUUCAUUCAUUUCGAACUUACUGAUCUCUGGCGAAGCAACGUUGAUUUCAUGACUCGAUCUUUCAAGGAGUUUUUCCCAUCUGCGUAG